UACCAGCUUUUGACACUGAAACCAGCUUGUGCGAGCGAGGGGUUAGCGUAUCGUGCAAUCGGCAUUGUCCAAGCGCACUCUGCAAGCGAUCUUUGCUGGUGCACCGAAAUUCUCAAGCUUAUCGGCGCUUGCUGUGCAUACAUACUUACACACGCGUAUUGACAACGCUCGGCGCCUUCAUCCAAUCGCUUGACGCAACAACAACAAGUGAAGAAAAAAAUAAUUAAAAUCACUUGACUUGCUCGCGUAUUGCCAGGGAAAGUGCGUAAACAAAUAAAUCUGGUGCAAGUCACAGAAGGUUAACGGUUGAGGGCUCUUCAUGGCGCUGGUGGCGACUUCCUCAGUCAAGAGCUGCAGUUACACCUCACUGACCGCCGGCCCUCAAGUGGUCACGUACGAUGCCGCCACAGAUAAGAGCGUGGAAUAUGUGGAUUAUGGCACCAAUACGAACGGAAUCUGCGUACAGCGCGCGCGCUGCAGCAGGGAAUAUGUGACGCAAGUGAUCAAAUGCAGUGAUCUGCGCAUAACUUGUGAAAACCGCAAAUUAUUUGAGGGAGAGUUUCCGGCCUGCUGUGUGAAGUGUUGACAUAAGAAGGGAGAAAUGUUAAAUGGGUUUAAGCGAAUUAUGUGAGGAACAAAAUUAUGAUAAUGGAAACAAUAAAAAACAUGGAGGAACAAUGUUUA